UCCGCUUCCGGUGCCGUCUGUUGUUUGGCAAAGAUGUCGGAACCGGAGCAGGAACCCGAGUUCGCUGAGAUUGACAGCGCCUUGUUGGAGUUCUCACCUCGGGACAUGUCCUUGAAGUGGCUCCAAGCAACAGACCUCCCGAAGGAAGUGUACCAGCACCUUGCUUACUACGUCCCCAAAAUCUACUGCAGGGGGCGCAAUCCAUCUCCAGACAAAGAAGAUGUCUUUGCACAGAAUGUUCUCCUGGGACCCAUCGAGUGGUAUCUGUUCGGAGAGGACCCCGCUACUGGAUUUCCUAAACUCAAGCAAUUCAAUAAGCCAUCCCAGCUUUGCGGGCGAGUGUUUAAAGUGGGCGAACCGACGUAUUCAUGCAGAGACUGCGCAGUCGAUCCCACCUGUGUGUUGUGCAUGGAGUGUUUUCUGGGGAGUGUUCAUAGAGAGCACCGGUACCGGAUGACGACAUCUGGUGGAGGAGGUUUCUGCGACUGUGGAGAUGCUGAAGCUUGGAAGGAAGGAGCAUACUGUCAGAAGCAUGCGCUCAACAAAUCCGAAAGCGAGACAGAGGACCCACUUGUUCACUUGUCCGACGACAUGAUUGCACGAGCAUACAACAUUUUUUCCAUCAUGUUCCAGUACGCUGUGGAUAUAUUGACCUGGGAGAAGGAGAAUGAACUGCCCAGUGGCCUCGAGUGUGUGGAAAAACCAGACACAUACUAUUGCAUGUUGUUUAAUGACGAAGUGCACACGUACGAGCAGGUCAUUUACACCCUGCAGAAAGCGGUCAGUUGCACCCAGAAGGAAGCUAUAAGUUUUGCUACGACCGUGGACCGUGACGGCCGGAGAUCUGUCCGCUUUGGAGAUUUUCAGUAUUGUGAAAAUGCCAAGUCGGUCAUAGUGAGAAACACAAGUCGGCAGACGAAACCCCUGAAAGUCCAGGUCAUGCAUUCAGCUAUCGUAGCGCAUCAGACCUUUGGACUGAGGCUUCUGAACUGGCUGGGCCAAGCAAUCGGUUAUUCAGAUGGAUUAAGGCGCAUACUUUGUCAAGUUGGUUUGCAAGAAGGCCCCGAAGGAGAGAACUCUUCCCUUGUAGACAAAUUGAUGCUGUGUGAUUCAAAACUCUGGAAAGGUGCAAGAAACUGCUACCACCAGCUGUUCAUGAGCAGCCUGUUAAUGGAUUUAAAGUACAAGAAGCUAUUUGCCAUUCGCUUUGCAAAGAAUUACCAGCAGUUGCAGAGAGAUUUUAUGGAGGAUGAUCACGAGCGAGCAGUGUCGGUGGCUGCUCUGUCUGUCCAACUCUUCACUGUACCCACUCUGGCUCGAAUGCUGAUUACCGAAGAGGGUCUGAUGACGACGAUAAUAAAGACUUUCAUGGACCACUUGAGACACAGAGACAUCCAGGGGAGAUUUCAGUUUGAACGCUAUACAGCGCUGCAAGCUUUUAAGUUUCGGAGGGUCCAAAGCCUUAUCUUGGAUCUUAAGUACGUGCUGAUUAGCAAGCCAACUGAGUGGUCAGAUGCUUUACGCUGCAAAUUUCUUGAAGGAUUCGAUGUCUUCCUAGAGUUACUGAAAUGCAUGCAGGGAAUGGACCCGAUAACCCGGCAGGUCGGCCAGCAUAUUGAGAUGGAACCAGAAUGGGAGGCAGCCUUCACUUUGCAGAUGAAACUGACUCACAUCAUUUCAAUGAUGCAGGACUGGUGUGCUUCUGACGAGCAAGUCCUCGUUGAAGCUUACAAGAAGUGCCUUAUAGUCUUGAUGCACUGUCACAGUGGAUUCGCCGACGGAGAGCAGCCGAUCACGCUGAGCAUUUCCGGCCAUUCGGUGGAUACCAUCCGAUACUGCGUGUCUCAGGAAAAAGUUAGCAUCCACCUCCCGAUCUCCAGGCUGCUCGCAGGACUGCACGCUUUGCUGAGUAAAACUGAAGUGGCGUACCGGUUUCCAGAGCAGCUGCCUUUCAGUGAAUUAAGCCCACCUAUGCUCAUUGAGCACCCGCUCCGCAGCCUGGUGUUGUGCGCUCAGGUACAUGCCGGAAUGUGGAGAAGGAACGGGUUUUCUCUAGUCAAUCAGAUUUAUUACUACCACAAUGUAAAAUGCCGAAGGGAGAUGUUUGACAAAGAUAUUGUGAUGUUACAGGCUGGAGCAUCUAUGAUGGAUCCCAACCACUUUCUGAUGAUUGUGCUCAGCCGUUUUGAGCUUUACCAGAUCUUUAGCACUCCCGAUUACGGAAAAAGAUGUCGCAGGGAUACUCCGAAUAAGGAUGUUAUCCAGCAGAACAAUACACUCAUUGAGGAAAUGCUACAUUUGAUCAUAAUGAUCGUUGGGGAAAGGUUCUGCCCGGGAGUGGGGCAAGUAACUGCUACGGAUGAGAUAAAGCGUGAAAUCAUUCACCAGCUGAGUAUCCGACCCAUGGCCCACAGCGAACUAGUCAAGGCAUUGCCAGAAGACGAAAACAAAGAAACAGGAAUGGAAUCUGUCAUUCAAACGAUAGCCUCAUUCAAAAAGCCUGGCCUGACGGGAAGGGGACUGUAUGAGCUGAAGCCUGAAUGUGCCAAGGAUUUUAAUCUAUUUUAUUACCAUUACUCAAGAGCGGAACAGUCUAAGGCUGAGGAGGCACAGCGGCGAUUAAGGAGACAGAGCGGAGAGGAUACAGCUCUACCUCCGCCAGUGCUGCCUCCUUUCUGUCCCCUCUUUGCAAGUCUGAUUAAUAUCCUUCAGUCGGACGCCAUGCUGUGCAUCAUUGGAAAAGUCCUUCACUGGGCGGUGGAGCCGAACGGCCAUUCAUGGUCCGAGUCAAUGCUGCAAAGGGUUUUACAUCUGAUUGGCAUGGCGUUGCAAGAGGAGAGCCAGCACUUGAAGAGUGUCAGCGAGGACAACGUUCUUACUUUUAACUUCACGCAAAAGAUUUCCAGACCCGGAGAAUCUCCCAACACCUCUCCAAGCAUAUUGGCGAUGUUAGAAAGCUUACAGAACGCAGCACAUCUGGAGGUGCACAAAGACAUGAUACGCUGGAUACUCAAGAUGUUCAGUACGAUCAAGAAGAUCAGAGAAAGUUCCUCCGCUUGCCCGGUGGUUGAGACGGAAGGCAGCAUUUUGGAGGAGGAUACACAUGAUAAAGACAAAGCAGAGAGAAAGAGAAAGGCAGAAAUUGCCAGGCUCCGUCGAGAGAAGAUCAUGGCGCAGAUAUCGGAGAUGCAGAGGCAUUUCAUCGAUGAAAAUAAAGAGCUUUUCCAACAGACUGACGAGCUCAACGCAUCAACCUCCGCUGCGUGCGAUCUGGGCCCUGCAACCCCGGACACUAAACCCAUUGCCCUGGGUCCUCAUCAAUCGAAGUUUACUGAACAAAGUAAUCUUGUCACCUGCAUUUUGUGUCAAGAGGAGCAGGCUUUCAAAGUGGACAGCAAAGCUAUGGUCCUUGCUGCGUUCAUCCAACGGUCAACCGUAUUCUCCAAGAACAGGAGUCGAGUCAUUGAAGACCCUGAGAAGUACGACCCGCUGUUCAUGCACCCAGACCUGGCAUGUGGGACACACACCGGAAGCUGCGGGCAUAUUAUGCAUGCUCAUUGCUGGCAGAGGUAUUUUGAUGCCGUCCAAGCCAAGGAACAACGCAGGCAGCAGCGCUUACGGGUGCACACGAGCUACGACGUGGAGAACGGGGAGUUUCUGUGUCCUCUGUGUGAGUGUCUAAGCAACACGGUUAUCCCCAUGCUUCCACCGCCAAGGAGCUUAUACCACAGACUCGAUUUCUCUGAUCAGCCCGACUUAGCCGAGUGGGUGACUGUGACGGCUCAACAGAUCAAAGCAUUGCAAGCCCUCCACUCAGACCCAGAAUCUGGUGCGUUUAAACACGGUGGCUUCUAGCACAAUGUCCUAUAUGCUCCACGAAUACGUUAUCCCUAAUUUAUUUCUAUCGCAGGGAAUUCCGAGACACCCAGACAAGUAGAUAUUCCCGAAGGUUUCCGGCCCGACUUUCACCCAAAGAAUCCAUACUCUGACAACAUUAAAGAAAUGCUGACAACGUUUGGAACGGCGACGUACAAGGUCGGGCUGAAUGUCCACCCCAACGAGCAGGACCCCCGCGUCCCAAUCAUGUGCUGGGGAAGCUGCGCUUACACGAUCCAAACCAUCGAACGCAUACUGAUGGACGAGGAGAGGCCUCUAUUUGGGAAUUUGCCCUGCCGUCAGGACGACUGUCUGAAGUCCCUGACCAGGUUUGCGGCCGCGCAUUGGACUGCGUGUUCCCUCCCCGUGGUGCAGAAGCACCUCUGUCGCCUGUUUAAUGCAAUUGUGCCUGAAGAAGACCGCAGCGAUAUCCCGUAUAUACUUGAUAUUGAUAUGUUUCAUUUAUUGGUCAGUUUGGAGCUCGCCUUCCCAGCCUUGCAGUGCCAGGACUUCUCUGGGAUCAGCCUCGGGACAGGAGACCUGCACAUUUUCCACCUUGUGACCAUGGCACACAUCGUCCAGAUAGUUCUUUCCUCAUCAAUAGAAGAAAACUGCAUGGACCAAGAAUCCAGUGAUGGCGACGAGGAGCUGGCUGUCAUUGAGUUAUAUCGGAAGAUUUGCCAGUGUACUGGAAGAGCCGUGAGAGAUCUGUCCGGAUGGCAUAUGUACAGAACGCUAAAAACUGCUAUUCUGCCCUUCCUGAGGUGCUCUGCUUUGUUUUUCCAUUAUUUGAAUGGAGUUCCAGCUCCCACAGAUUUACCAGUGAACGGAAUGAGUCAGUUUGAUCACCUCUGCAGCUACCUGGCGUUACCAACCAACCUCAUCAACCUUUUCCAAGAUAAUCCCAAAGUAUCUGACACUCUGAUUAAUAGUUGGUGUAACAACAAGGAGGUGAAGAGGUUUCUGCUUGGUGAACGGACGGCUGUCAGCUUUCCAAGAGAAUCCAACAAAUUAAUAGAUCUGCCGGAAGAUUACAGCAGCCUCAUUAACCAAGCAUCAAAUUUCUCUUGCCCCAAAUCGGGAGGGGAUAAAAGCAGAGCUCCCACUCUGUGUCUGGUGUGCGGGGCGAUGCUUUGCUCUCAGAGUUACUGUUGCCAGACGGAACUGGAGGGGGACGAUGUCGGCGCAUGUACUGCACAUACGUACGCGUGUGGAUCCGGCAUGGGCAUCUUCCUCCGGGUCCGGGAAUGCCAGGUCCUCUUCUUAGCUGGAAAAACCAAGGGAUGCUUCUACGCGCCCCCUUACCUCGAUGACUAUGGAGAAACAGACCAAGGACUACGGCGUGGAAACCCUCUGCAUCUCUGCAAGGAGCGCUUUAAAAAGAUCCAGAAGCUUUGGCAGCAGCACAGCAUAACGGAGGAAAUCGGACAUGCGCAGGAAGCCAACCAGUCUCUAGCUGGCAUCGAAUGGCAACAUUUAUAAUGACUGGUCAUUUUUUUUUUAUUUUAUAGCUGUUCACUUUUUCUAAAACAGAAAAAAAAAACUGUGACGGAAAACAGCGUAUUGUAUAAACAAUGCAAAUUUUUAAUUUAUAUUUCAUUGUUUAGUUUCUGAAUAAAUGUGGCGUUUCCCUA